GGGAGCUGGGGGCAGGGGACGUUACGCCGUGGGGGCAGCUCCAGUCAGUGUCCUCUUAUCCCUCGGACACACCACAGCAGCCGGAGGAGGAGAGGGACUCGGAUGCAGAGACUUGUUGGACUGUAGGAGGACAGCGCUUCGACCAGGAUGAACUUUGCUGCCCAGUUAUUCUACUCAAGCUACCUGAGCGAGCGACUUGAGCGUUUGUACUCACCCAGGCUCGCACUUAAAGACAGCGAGGAGAAUGACCCCUUCUGGCAGAGGUGGGAUAUUACAACAUGUAGCCCCUUGGAGCCUCCAGACCUAGUCUCUCCCAACCAGCUCAGCCCCAUAGUGACAGAUUUACCCUCUGAGGUAGCUCCUACCUCCACAGCCUUGAUCCCUCUUUCUUCGGUUACUUCCAUUCCUCCUCCUCCUCCUCCUCCUCCUCCUCCUCAUCCACUUUCUUUGCAGCCUUCCCUGACAAACACACCCUCAAAUCUCCAAUCCCUUCCUCCUCACCUCCAAAGGAAAUCAACACAACCACCCACUUGUCUUCCAGAUCCAUGUUUGGCUCCGGCACCCCCCAAAUCAAGGUUUCAUGAACUACCUUCCAGCAAUCUUCCUCUUCAGAUGGCUCACCCCAAACCUUCCCCUGCUCCAUCCAGGUCCCCAGCAGAAACAGCCUCCUCCUCUUCCACCUCCCAGUCCUCCCCUUCCUCCUCUUCCUCCUCUCGUGCUCCUUGUAGAGGAGAGCGACACCCAACCUUCCAAACCCUGGUAGACUUGCUUCUUCGCAUGGUCCUCUACGUUAUUCUCCUCUUCUUCCCCAGGGAGGAGUUGCGUCUGGGCCCCAGUCAGCCUGGCUGCUCUUACAAAUGCGGCCCCGUCAGUAACGGCACUGUGGGCCGCAGACCCACCCUCAUUGAGCCGGAGCGGCUGAAGGACUUUGGUGAGGAGGAUCUUCUCAAUGGGGAUGUGAAGGUCUAUGACACCAAGGUGGUGGGGGCGCCUGAGAUCAUGCUCAUGGACCCCCCAAAAACCAGACGCUUCAGCGAGUUCAGGAUCGUCGCCAGACCCCAGUACCUCCGCUUUGAGGACAUCAGCGCCGCGGCCUUCAGGAUCCAGUGCGGGAUACAGAAGACACCCUGCACGUACUCCAGACUGUCCAAACAGUACGGGAUGGAGAUCUACCUGAAGAAGGAGCACCUGCACUACACAGGCUCUGUGAAGGAGAGAGGAGUCCUGUACCUGCUCACCUCCCUCACACAGGAGCAGCAGAGGAAGGGUGUGAUUGUGGCCACUGACUGUAACUUCUCCAUGGCCGUGGCUCAUCAUGCAGUCGAGCUGAAGAUCCCAGUGUUUGUCAUCAUGCCGUCGUGCUGCUCCUCGCCUCGCCUCAGGAUCUACAGGGACUACGGCGCCAUGGUCAUCUCCUACGGCAGCACCAGUCACGACUCCCAGAACCACGCCCGCCAUCUGGCCAAAGAAAAUGGAUACCUCUACCUGGAAGAAGAUGAAAGUGCAGCGUACCUGGCCGGACUGGGCACUGUGGGCAUGGAGAUCUAUGAGCAAGUGCCCAAACUGGAUGCAGUGGUUGUUCCUGCAGCUGGACAGUAUGGUCUCCUGGCUGGUACAGCUGCAGCCAUCAAACACCUCAACUCGCGGGUUCUCGUCAUAGGAAUUGAACCAGAAGGUUUCCCUCUGCUGCUACAAUCUCUGAAAACUGACGGUCCAAUCAAAGACAUGCACGGCAACCCCAACAAGAAGCUCUAUGGAGAUCUUAUGGAGCGUUCGCUGGGCAUUAACACCUUCCAGCUGGCUAAGAAACUAGUAGAUAAAGUCAUCUCUGUCAGUGAGGAGGACUCUUUGGUGGCGAUGCUGCGGUUUCAGGAGUUUGAACGCUCCACUGUGGACACAGAGGGAGCCAUGGGACUGGCUGCCAUCUUGGCUGGACAACUACCAGAACUGAGAGGCAAAAAGGUCGCUGUGGUGGUGAGCAGUGCUAACAUGGAGCUGGAGCUGGUGAGGCAGUGCGUGGACCGAGCCCUGGUGCUGGACGAUCGGGUCAGUAAGUUCUCCGUGCAGCUGGGAGAAUGGCCAGGAGACAUGGCUAAGCUGCUGGACGUCCUGUCCAGAGAGGACGUCAGGUUGUUGGACGUCUGCCAUCGGAGACAAAGUGGAAAGUCAGACCUCUUCAAGGCAAAGGUGGAGUGUGUGGUGGAAACCAGGGAUAAGACACAGAGCGCUCAGCUACGCAAGACACUGAGCGAGCGCUACCCCUCUAUAUGCUGGCUGGACCGGUGAUCACUACCUGAACACAAACUACAUUUAUAAUAGAAAAACUAAUGAAGAAGAGGAAAUGACAUAUUCAUAAAAUCUGAGCUGACGUGCAAACACAUCCUGUAACAUACAAUACUAUGAUAUAUAUGAACUCUAUAUGUUAUAGGAAUCUCAUUAAGACAAGCAAACCUAAGUGUAUACAGAAAAAGCCUUGAGAUUAUAGAGCAAAUACUAUUCAUAUUACUUCUACCGCUUAUGCUGCUAUUGUUCUUUAAUCAUUGCACCCUGUAAUUACAGUAAAGUGGUUAGGCUGCAUUAAGAAGACGACUAUAUAGUUUACCAGAGUAUGAAUCAUACACACUACGGCUCCCUAACAGCACAAAGAUGUAUUUUUCCAUCCAUAUUGUUUUUAAACUGUUGUAUAUAUUUCUGUAUUUAUACUGUCUGAGAUGGUAGAGUCAAUCCAACUUAAGUGUUCUCCAAAUAAAUACAAAUUCUGUGACCUUUUCUGGUUCAAAUGUGUUCCUCU